AUGGCCAAAGAAGAAAACAAGGAAGAGAAGAUAGACACCUCCACGAAGAAGAACAAGAAGAACGCCCAUGAAGGAGAGGAUAGUGAAGAAGAAAAGGAAGCCAUCCCUCUUGACCAAGCUGAUAUCCAGCUUCUGAUGAGGUAUGGCAAAGGACCUUAUGCUGACAGGAUUAAGGCUGUCGAGGAUGAGCUCAAAAAUAAGACUGAUGAUAUUAUUAAGCUCUGCGGUAUUAAAGAGUCUGAUACUGGUCUCGCCCUCCCAGCACAAUGGUCAUUGGAGCAAGACAAGCAAUUGAUUAAGGAAAAGCCUUUGAUGGUCGCCAGAUGCACUAAAAUUAUCAACCCAGGGACUGAAGAAGCCCAAUAUUUGAUCCAUAUUAGGCAAAUGGCAAAAUAUGUAGUUGGGCUAGGUGAAAAAGUAGCCCCAACUGAUAUUGAAGAGGGUAUGAGAGUCGGAGUUGAAAAUGAUAAAUACAGAAUUCAACUGCCACUUCCAGCAAAAAUUGACGCUAGUGUUACAAUGAUGCAGGUAGAAGAAAAGCCAGAUGUCACUUACAACGAUGUAGGAGGAGCUAAAGAGCAAAUUGAGAAAAUUAGGGAGGUUGUCGAAAUGCCAAUGCUCAAUCCUGAAAAGUUCAUUAAUCUUGGUAUUGACCCUCCAAAAGGAGUCUUGCUGUACGGCCCACCAGGAACUGGAAAGACCCUUGUGGCCAGAGCAGUAGCCAAUCGUACAGAUGCCUGCUUUAUUAGAGUCAUUGGUUCUGAAUUAGUCCAGAAAUAUGUAGGAGAAGGAGCCAGAAUGGUGAGAGAGCUGUUCACAAUGGCCAGAUCUAAGAAGGCAUGCAUCAUCUUCUUCGAUGAGGUUGAUGCUGUUGGAGGAGCUAGACAUGAUGAUGGAGAAGGUGGUGAUAAUGAGGUUCAAAGAACCAUGCUUGAAAUCGUCAACCAACUUGAUGGUUUUGAUGCUAGAGGAAAUGUCAAAGUAUUAAUGGCUACAAACAGACCAGAUACCUUAGACCCAGCCCUCCUCAGACCAGGUAGACUUGAUAGAAAGAUUGAAUUUGGAUUGCCAGAUCUUGAAGGAAGAGUUCAUGUGUUCAAAAUCCAUGCAAGAACAAUGAGUAUGGAUAAAGAUAUCAGAUUUGAGCUAUUAGCAAGACUUUGCCCCAAGACAACAGGAGCUGAUAUCAGAAGUGUGUGUACCGAAGCAGGAAUGUUUGCCAUCAGAGCUAGAAGAAAGAGUAUUUCUGAGAAAGAUCUCCUUGAUGCAAUUGAAAAAGUCAUUAAAGGAUACCAGAAAUUCUCUGCUACGCAAAAAUAUAUGGUAUACAAUUAA